AUGAAGAGGAAGGCCUCGCCGGCGCUUGUGGUCCUGGCGCUCCUCCUCUCGUCGGCGGUUGCGGCGGUCUCCGGCCAGCAGGCGCCGCAGCCGGGGAAGCAGACGGCGGCGAACAACCCGCGGCUGCAGCGUGCGUACGUGGCGCUGCAGGCGCUGAAGCGCGCCAUCACCGACGACCCCAAGAACCUGACGCGCGGGUGGUGCGGCCCCGACGUGUGCGCCUACUUCGGCGUGUUCUGCGCGGCGGCGCCCGACGACCCGCACGCGCUCACCGUCGCCGGCCUCGACCUCAACCACGGCGACCUGGCGGGCACGUUCCCCGAGGAGCUCGGCAUGCUCUCCGACCUCGCGCUGCUCCACCUCAACUCCAACCGCUUCGCCGGCGGCCUGCCGGAGUCGCUCCCCAAGCUGCACCUCCUCCACGAGCUCGACGUCAGCAACAACCGCCUGUCCGGCGGGUUCCCGCAGCACAUCCUCUGCCUUCCCAACGUCAAGUACGUCGACCUCCGGUUCAACAACCUCUGCGGGCCCGUGCCGCCGGCCAUCUUCGACAAGCCCCUCGACGCGCUGUUCCUCAACGACAACCACUUCGACUUCGAGUUGCCGGAGAACUUCGGCAACUCGCCGGCGUCGGUCGUCGUGCUCGCCAACAUCCGCCUCCGCGGCUGCAUCCCCCAGAGCGUCGGCCGCAUGGCCGGCACGCUCAACGAGCUCGUCAUCCUAAACUCCGGCCUCCGAUCCUGCAUCCCGCAGGAGGUGGGGUGGCUCCGUGAGCUCACCGUGCUCGACCUCAGCUUCAACCAGCUCCAGGGGAUGCUGCCGGAGUCCAUGGCCGGGAUGCACAAGCUCGAGCAGCUCGACGUCGCGCACAACGAGCUGUGGGGACACAUCCCGGAGGGCAUCUGCGCGCUGCCCAGCCUCAGGAACUUCACGUACUCGUACAACUACUUCUGCACCGAGCCGCGGCGGUGCCUCGACAUCCGCCGCGUCGACGACCGCCAGAACUGCAUCGCCGGCCGGCCGGACCAGCGCCCCGGCGACCAGUGCCUCGCCUUCCUGCACCGCCCGCCGCCGCACUGCGACGAGCACGGCUGCUUCGGGCCUCCCCACCACUAGAAGCCGGCCACCGAGAGAGACCGGCGCCGGCCGGCAGCGCCGCGCCGCCGCGACUUGUAAAAUUCCGCUGGUGAUGGGAUGUGAGAGGAGGGAGACCGAAAGGGUAAAAUCGGUAAACAGAAACGACCGUAUAUAUUAUACACUGUAAUUUCUUCUUCUUCUUCUUCUUCUUCUUCUUUUCUCUUUCUUUUUCACAGGAGUGGUAUUGGAGUAUAUGUUGGGGAUUGUAGAGAGAUAUGAUAGUGCAUUGAUUUUACAGCGUUAAUUUAAUUACCAACUGACCAAUAACAAUCUCUGCAGUACUUUGUUCU